GAGGACCGAGCCAGAAUGUACUGGAAGCUCACCGCUGUUCUGCAAGCUGAUUGGCUCACCGUUGGGAAGCUUCACACAGAGACUGCCUGCGUUCACAUGGUGGAGGAGAGUCAGACUGCAGCAGACCGAGGCCACAGCAUCAUCCAGAGUAAUCAUGUCCAAAGGGCAGCGGUUGGUAUCGAUCUUGGGACCACCUACUCCUGCGUUGGUGUGUUCCAGCAUGGAAAAGUUGAAAUCAUUGCCAAUGACCAGGGCAACAGGACCACGCCCAGCUACGUGGCCUUCACAGACUCCGAGAGGCUGAUUGGAGAUGCGGCCAAGAAUCAGGUUGCCAUGAACCCCACCAACACAGUCUCUGAUGCUAAACGUUUGAUUGGUAGACGCUUUGAGGAUCCAGUGGUUCAGUCUGACAUGAAGCAUUGGCCGUUCAAUAUAAUGAGUGACAGUGGACGCCCCAAAGUGGAGGUUGAAUAUAAAGGUGAAACCAAAACCUUCUACCCAGAGGAGAUAUCCUCCAUGGUACUGACAAAGAUGAAGGAGAUAGCCGAAGCCUAUCUUGGGAAAUCUGUGUCAAAUGCUGUUGUUAAUGUACCUGCACUCUUUAAUGAUUCUCAACGUCAAGCAACCAAGGACGCUGGAACAAUCUCUGGUCUAAACGUUUUGAGAAUCAUUAAUGAGCCCACUGCAGCAGCUAUUGCUUAUGGGUUGGAUAAGAAGGUUGGGUCAGAGAGGAACGUCCUCAUCUUUGAUCUCGGUGGCGGCACCUUCGAUGUGUCCAUCUUGACCAUCGAGGAUGGUAUCUUUGAGGUCAAGUCCACUGCUGGAGACACUCAUCUUGGUGGGGAAGACUUCGACAACCGCAUGGUCAACCACUUCAUCGCAGAGUUCAAGCGCAAGUUCAAGAAGGACAUCAGCGACAACAAGAGAGCUGUCCGCCGUCUGCGCACCGCCUGUGAGAGGGCAAAGCGCACGCUGUCUUCCAGCACCCAGGCCAGCAUUGAAAUCGACUCUCUGUACGAAGGAGUCGACUUCUACACCUCCAUCACCAGGGCUCGCUUUGAGGAGCUCAACGCUGACCUCUUCCGCGGCACCUUGGACCCAGUGGAGAAGUCUCUCUGCUAUACCAUGACAGUAGCAUACUGUAUAGCUGUUGUCAGGACGUUCAUUCCUGCCACUCAUUGUUUCCACCAGAGGUCAAUAACCCAGACCUGGUUGUUUGAGCUAAUUAUUACUUGUAGACAAACCUCGUUCCAACAUUGUCAGCUAACCCUGCACACUUCCAACAGGUCUAUGAGGGUGAGCGUGCCAUGACCAGUUUGAGCUGACGGGCAUCCCUCCUGCUCCUCGUGUCUUUUAGUUAAUGCUACUUAACACAAGCACAGCUGCAGUUUCCUCCCGACAACAGAUGAUUCAAUGUUAAUGUUUCUAUUUGAUGCCAGGUCGUCUCAGCAAGGAGGACAUUGAGCGCAUGGUCAAUGAAACUGAGGCGGAGGGUCCACUGGACCAACCAUCGAACAAGUCGAUUAAUCGGCGGCUCCUUCAUGCCGCUGGGCAAAUGAACAAGCUUGAACAUUUACCAGCAAACGGAUAUGUAAAGUCAGACUCAUCAGUGAGGCUUUCUGUCAAGUUUGUGCCCAGAGUAAUAAAUUGCGACUGAAGCAUGCAUCUUGA